AUGUCGUGCGCGCGCGCGGACGCGCUGUCGGCCCGAUCGACGCUCGGUCGGUCGAGACGUGGGAUGGAUGCGCGAGGACGGGCGUCGGUGCGCGCGCGGGCGGGCGCGCGAUCUCGAGCGAACGCGCUGGUGACGACGAGCGAGUACAAGGUCGCGGUGCUCGGCGCCGCGGGCGGAAUCGGGCAAUCGCUCUCGCUCUUGUUGAAGAUGAACCCGCUCAUCUCCGACUUGCGCUUGUACGACUUGGCGAACACCCCGGGUGUGGCCGCGGAUCUCUCGCACACGAACACCGGAUGCAAGGUGACUGGAUUCAUGGGCGCCGAUCAACUCGAGGAUGCGCUCAAGGGAUGCGACUUGGUCGUCAUUCCCGCCGGCGUGCCUCGUAAACCGGGCAUGACGCGAGACGACUUGUUCGCCAUCAACGCCGGCAUCGUGCGCGAUUUGUGCCAAGCGUGCACCAAGGCGUGCCCGAACGCGCUCAUCAACAUCAUUUCCAACCCUGUGAACUCCACCGUGCCGAUCGCCACGGAGGUGUUCAAGAAGGCUGGUUGCUACGACGCGAGAAAAAUCUUCGGCGUCACGACGCUUGACAUCGUGCGCUCGAACACGUUCGUGGCCGAGGCGAAGGGUUUGGACAUUAACGACGUCGACGUUCCCGUCAUCGGUGGUCACGCUGGUAUCACUAUUUUGCCGCUCUUGAGCCAAACCUAUCCGAAGUGCGAGUUCACCUCGGACGAGAUCGAAAAGCUCACCGUUCGCAUCCAAAACGCGGGCACCGAAGUUGUCGAAGCCAAGGCUGGAGCGGGUUCGGCGACGCUUUCCAUGGCUUACGCCGCCGCGCGUAUGGCCGAAGCGUGCUUGCGCGGUCUUAGUGGCGAACCGGACGUGUACGAGUGCACCUACGUCGCCUCUAACGUGACUGAGUUACCGUUCUUCGCCACCAAGGUUCGCCUCGGCCCGAACGGCGCGGAAGAAGUUCUCCCGAUCGGAGACAUCAGCGCCUACGAGGCAGACUGGUUGGCCAAGCUCAAGGUUGAGCUCACCGGUAGCAUCGAAAAGGGCAUGGCCUUCGUCAACAACUAA